CGUAGGAGGCUGACAAACUCAUGACUUCUGUCUGGGCAGCAGGGGGACCUCCUCCUGCUUCGAGCGAGGCCGAGCCCUUUCCGUUCGCUGAGGCGGAGACUCCCGCGCUCGCUGCAGCAGCCCUGAAGGUAGCGCCAAGUCUCCGUAGAUGGCCCCGUUGAGGCCGCUCCCGGAAGCAACCGUAACAGCUGCCUCUGGGAUGCACCCGGCAGUGGGGUUGGGUGACGGCUGCUACUGCUGCUAGAAUUGGCCUGCAGGCGAGGAAGGUAGCACCGGCGGCGGGCCGUAAGGUGAUGGUGGCCGGCGGGCCAUGCUGCUGAAGCUCCUGCAGAGACAGACCUAUACCUGCCUGUCCCACAGGUAUGGGCCCUGCCUUUGCCUCGGAGGCAUCGUCCUCAUGAUCGUCUCAGCCCUGCAGUUCGGAGAGGUUGUGCUAGAGUGGAGUCGGGACCAGUAUCAUGUUUUGUUUGACUCUUAUAGAGACAACGUGGCUGGGAAAUCAUUUCAGAACAGGCUUUGCUUGCCGAUGCCCAUUGAUGUGGUAUACACCUGGGUGAAUGGCACAGAUGUUGAGCUGAUCAGGGAACUGCAACAAGUGAGGAAACAGAUGGAGGAAGAACAGAGAAUAAUGAGGGAAAUUCUUGGAAAGAAUGCAACUGAACCAACUAAGAAAAGUGAGAAGCAACUGGAGUGUUUACUGACGCACUGCAUUAAAGUGCCAAUGCUGGUCUUGGAUCCAUCUUUGCCAAGCAACAUCACUAUUAAGGACCUGCCAUCUGUCUAUCCCCUCUUGAGAUCUGCCAGCAAUAUAUUCUCAGUUGCAAAGCCAAAAAAUCCUUCUACGAAUGUUACCAUAGUUGUUUUCGACAAUUCUAAAGAAGCUGAAGAUACCCAUUCUCAGAUGUUAAAGGAGAGCAGCAGGCAAGCAGCGUGGAGGGGCUAUUUGACUACCGACAAAGAAGUUCCUGGCUUAGUGAUAAUGCAAGACUUAGUUUUCCUCAAAGGCUUUCCACUUACAUUCAAAGAGACAAAUCAACUAAGAACAAAACUGCCGGAAACCCUUGCUUCCAAGAUAAAGCAGUUGCAGCUUUAUUCAGAAGCCGGCGUAGCUCUUUUGCAACUGAAUAAUCCUAAGGAUUUUCAAGAGCUGAACAACCAAGCUAAGAAAAACAUGACUAUAGAAGGGAAAGAACUGACACUUAAUUCUGCUUAUUUAUUAUGGGACCUCAGUGCCAUCAGCCAGUCUAAACAGGAUGAAGAUAUUUCGCCCAGUCGUUUUGAAGAUAAUGAAGAGCUGCGAUAUUCACUGCGAUCAAUAGAGAGGCAUGCACCAUGGGUACGGCACAUCUUCAUAGUCACCAAUGGGCAAAUUCCUUCCUGGCUUAAUUUGGAUAACCCUCGGAUAACUAUAGUAACUCACCAGGAUAUAUUUCAGAAUUUCAGUCACCUGCCCACCUUUAGUUCCCCUGCCAUUGAAAGCCACAUUCAUCGCAUUGCAGGUCUGUCCCAGAAGUUCAUUUAUUUAAAUGAUGAUGUGAUGUUUGGAAAGGAUGUAUGGCCUGAUGAUUUCUUUAGUCACUCCAAAGGUCAAAAGGUUUACUUGACAUGGCCUGUGCCAAACUGUGCUGAAGGAUGCCCUGGUUCAUGGAUUAAAGAUGGUUACUGUGACAAAGCCUGUAACAAUUCUGCUUGUGAUUGGGAUGGUGGUGAUUGCAUUGGUAAUAGUGUUGGUAGCCGUUACGGUGCAGGCGGUGGAGCUGGUGUGGGUGUAGGCAACGUCGCGCCCUGGCAGUUUGGUGCAGGAAUAAGUGGAGUUUCUUACUGCAACCAAGGCUGUGCAAAUUCAUGGUUGGCUGAUAAAUUUUGCGACCAAGCAUGCAAUGUCCUUCCUUGUGGAUUUGAUGCUGGCGACUGUGGACAAGAUCAUUUUGAUGAGCUGUACAAGGUGACUCUUCAAAAGAAUCGGACUCAUUAUGUCAUUCCAAAAGGCGAAUAUUUACCUUAUUUCAACUUUGCUGAAAUAGCCAAGAAAGGACUUGAAGGUUCAUAUGGUGAUAACCCUAUAAUCCGCCAUGCUUCCAUUGCCAACAAAUGGCAAACAAUCCACCUGAUAAUGCACAGUGGAAUGAAUGCAACUGUGGUCCAUUUUAAUCUUACAUUUCAAAGUAAAGAUGAUGAAGAGUUUAAGAUGCAGAUAACUCUGGAGGUUGAUACGAGAGAAGAGCCAAAAAUAAAUACAACUUCGGUCCAGAAACCUGAAGAUGAUGUGAAAGCUACAACUUCGGUGCCAGAAGCUGAAAUGAUGUUUGAAGAUAUCCCUGAAGAAGAACGGUUCCCAAGAAUUAGAAACCACCCAAAUGGCACAACAGAAAGCCUGGAUGGAGACAUAGUAAUUCAACUAGUUAACUUGUCUGCCCUUCCAGAAGACUUGAGGCUAGCCCUACAGAACCUAGAUUUGCAGCUAGCUGUUGGCGAUAUCACUCAGAAAGGGUAUAAUCUGUCUAAGGCUGCUCUCCUGAGAUCCUUCCAGAUGGUACCAGCAGCAACAAAGGCUGUAGUAAGCAAUUCCCAGAAGAUAAGGGAAAAGGAAGUAAGUGAUGGCUUGAGAAAUGGGAAUAACUCCACAAUUUGGCAGAAACCUGAUCGAGAUACCAAGGAUAGCUACAAAGAAAUUGAAGAAAAAAUGCAUGCUACAUUUCCACUGGAGUUAAAACCAGCAAGUACUACUUUGGUGAUAAUGAAAGUGAACAGCCAUUUCCCACUAAGUCACAGCUCUACAGUGAAAUCUAAAUCCACACUUUUAAUUCAGAAUACUGGUGAAAAACUUGAAUCUCCAGAGAAAAUCCUAAAUGUCCUUGUCCAGAAAGAAGCUCAGAAGUCAAAAGAAAUUAAGGAAGGGAAAACUGUAGAAAGAAAGAAAAAAGAGAUGGAUGUCAAUCCAGCACAUGCCAAUGAAGAUGUAGCAAGAACUCAAGGCUUACCGAGAAGGAAAUUGCAGUAUUAUACUGGGAAUUACCAAGGCUUUUUGCCAUGGGAGAAACAUAAAUAUUUCCAAGACCUUCUUGAUGAAGAAGAAGCAUUAAGGAGGGAGAUGGCUUAUUUUACAGAUAGUAAGCUGAUUGGGAGGCACCUGAAAGAUACAUUUGCUGAUUCUCUCAGAUACGUAAAUAAGCUUUUAAACAGUAAAUUUGGAUUCACAUCUCGGAAAGUCCCUGCUCAUAUGCCUCACAUGAUUGACAGAAAAGUUAUGCAAGAAUUGCAGGAUCUGUUUCCUGAAGAAUUUGACAAGACUUCGUUUCACAAAGUACGUCACUCUGAAGAUAUGCAGUUUGCCUUUUCAUAUUUCUACUACCUCAUGAGUGCAGUUCAGCCACUGAAUAUCUCCCAGGUUUUUGACGAAGUUGAUACAGAUCAGUCUGGAAUUUUGUCUGACCGGGAGAUUCGUACAUUGGCCACAAGAAUUCAUGAACUUCCUUUAAGCUUGCAGGAUUUGACAGGUCUGGAGCAAAUGCUAAUAAACUGUUCUAAAUCCCUUCCAGUCAAUAUCACUCAGAUUAAUAUCAUACCGCCAACUCAAGAGGCAUAUUAUGACCCCAAUCUGCCCCCGGUGACCAAAAAUCUGCUAACCAACUGUAAGCUUGUGACUGAUCGAGUUCGUAAAUCAUAUAAGGACAAAAACAAAUACAGGUUUGAAAUCAUGGGAGAGGAGGAGGUUGCCUUCAAAAUGAUCCGCACCAAUGUUUCUCAUGUAGUUGGGCAGCUUGAUGAUAUACGAAAAAAUCCCAGAAAAUUUGUUUGUCUCAAUGACAACAUUGAUCAUAAUCAUAAGGAUGCUCAGACAGUAAAGGCGGUGCUUAGGGAUUUUUAUGAAUCGCUGUUUCCCAUACCAUCCCAAUUUGAGCUCCCAAGAGAGUAUCGGAAUCGUUUUCUUCAUACCAAGGAACUUCAGGAAUGGAGGGCCUACAGAGACAAGCUGAAGUUCUGGACACAUUGUGUGUUAGUGACAUUGAUUGUGUUCACUGUCACCUCAUUUUUUGCUGAGCAGCUAAUUGCUCUCAAACGAAAAUUCUUUCCAAGGAGGAGGAUUCAAAAAGAAGUUUGUCAUGAAAGAAUUAAAGUGUAGAAGACUUCUGUUUGUAAAAGAAUCUACCUCAACAUGUAAUUAGCAUGUUAUAUGUUUUGUUUCAGAAGUGUCUUGAUAGUUGUGUGCCGGGCAUGAACAGAAGUCUCCCCAUCCAUUAUAGCCUUUGUGACUCUGUGUCACUCAUGCUACUGAACAGCCAGAGAACUGUGCCCCUAGGGGGAUGUGUAGGACUUUGGAUCCAGCAGAUCCAAAGCCCGUGUUGACUAGCCCCAUUCCAGGGCUUUACUGCUUGCUAUUGCCAGUGGGGGACCUGCUGGUAGGGUGAAUCUGGGACCUUUGUUACAGUGUAGCCCCCUCACCAGUGGUGCUUCUCUCCAUUGGCAAAGAGGGAGGUAUAUGCCAUCCUAAUCAUUCCUAGCCAUCAACAUGAGAGAGGGAUGGUUUAGGAGUGUGCUCUUGGAGACAGUGUAAGAAAGGGGUGUGUUGCCAGCUCUCAGAAGGUUGUAACUCACAAGCAUUAUUUUCUGAGUGCAUUAUCCUUUUUAUCAAAAGGGUUACUGAGAGAAACAUAACUGCAUUUAUUGCAGUAGCUAUUGCCAACUAAAUAAUAAAGUUGGAAAGUUAAGCUUCUGUUAGAAGUGUCCCUGUGCUUGCAUACUGAGGCUUUUGGUGAGUCAUUGACCAUUCAGUCAGUUAACCUUACUCCUUUUAUUCUACCUUUUGAACAAUAAAGCACAGCUGUAAACUUAUCUCCUGAGUGCAUGGAGGUCAGGAUGGGGACUGGUCCCCAUAGCACUCCAUUGUAACUCUCCCCUCUACCAUUAUUUAGGGCUUGUCACUGUUAUGGCAUGUGUUUCUCAUUGUAGCCAGUCAGUUCUUGACAGUAGGUUUUACCAUGCUGCUUGUUCCUGAGGCUGCGUACACACCAUACAUUUAAAGCACAUGAUUUCCCCCAAAUAAUUCUGGGAACUGUAAUUUACCACCCACAGAGCUACAGUCCCCAGCAACUUUAAAACACCUAUGGACCCCAGGAUUCUUUGGGGGACGUCAUGUGCUUUUAAAUGUACAGUGUGCAUGUAGUCAGGCUCCUAACUCACAGGUUACUCUGGAGAAGCAGGAAGGACAACUCCACAUGGAAACCCUGAGAAUAAAUUUCUGGGGCCUUCUAGGAAACUCCAGGUAGCUCUGUUGACAGAUUGCCUAGCUGCAGCUUGACUUGCAGCAGUUUGAUGUGGUGGGGAUAGUCCUAAUGUAUAUUUAUGAAGCAGCUGUGCGCCCAGCUCUUCAUGUGCAAAGGGACAGGAUUGAGGCCUUAGUGUCUUUCCCCCCCCAUUAAGGUACCACCUAUACUUCGUAAAGUAUUUCUGGGUUAAAUAUAAAAUGGAUUCAACUGUUGGAUGUUCUCUGAAUGAAGGAUUUGAAUGGUAACAUCCUAUUUGCUAUAUUCUGAUACUAGACAAUGAAAAAUGGUAUUUAAAGACAUUUGAUUCUUAUCUCUGAUGCCAAUAUAAUGCCUUUGUUGAUCAAAAUGUAAAUUGCAGCUCCAUCUGUUUUACUAAAUUUCUAGGAACAGUAAUAGUAAUUGUAUGGCUAAUUUAAAAAGUGGUGGUAUAAACAAAUAAAAGGGGCUUAGAUGUAUUAUGUAUACAAGCAUUGUAAAUUUAACCGCAAAGGUGCCUCACAAUAUACAUUGUCAUACAUUGUAUUGUUUUAAUGGUCUCAUUAAGAGCAUGAUAUACAGCACUUUCUCAUAUCAAGCAUUAAUUUUCAAAAAUUAGGACACAUUCUGGUGAUCUGCCCUAUUUUGUCAAGACAAAUCUCAAACUAGAAACAGAAAAAGGAUUUUUUUCAAACUGAUUUGAAAGAAAUACCUUUAAUCAUGAUAUUACCAACUUUACAGGAUGUUAGAUCACAUCAGUAAUAAUUUUAUCAUGAAGAUACGAGAUUUUCAAUGUACAUGUGCUGUAAAAUAUAUGCGUUCCUUUAACAGAUGUUAUUGAUUUAAAAAUGUUAUAUUGUGUGUGUCAAGAAAAAUGAUCAACUAUUUAAUGCUCCUGAAAAGUGUUAAAUAUUUUUAAACAGAAAAGGCACCUUAUUAUUUAUCCAGUGCAUAUGUCUAAUUUUAAAUGA